AUGUGCUUUACAAACUGUGGUCUUUGGAACCAAUGUUCACGAUCAUGUGGUGGAGGAAGCCGGGGGCAGAUUUGUGAAUCAUGUGUUCUAAGAAAAAGGAAAUGGUUUUGGGAGGACUGUAACCAGCAUUGCUACAAUGGCGGGAGGUUUUAUUCAGGAUCUUGUCAUUGUUCUCCAUGGAGAAGUGGCCGAUGUUGUGAAAAUUGCUAUCACAAGUAUAUAGCACACUGUCAAUCUGGACAUAAAAGGUGUGGAGGAUCUCCUGACAAUAUUAAAUGUACCAAAUGUGAUGAUGGUUACUACAGUGCUGGAUAUGGAGAAGGCUGUAAAGCUUGUUCCUAUAUUGAUAUGUGUAGCUGGAGAAAAUGUAACACAUACUGGGACACGCGGUGCAUUACAUGCUACGAUAAUAAUAUAUUCUUCAAGACUACCCACGGAGGCAGCAAAUGUGAACGUAUGUGCGCUUCGAACAAACACUAUUGUUGGCCAGGAUAUUGCAGUAACGAACUGACGAGAGGCUGCUCUUGUGCGCCACAUUUCAAAAUGAUACAGCAUAGUGGGGAAACUUCCUGCCAACCAAAUAAGCUUCCAUCUAUUCUAACAUGUGGAACGGUUGUGGUUGGUCCUAAUAUCGAGAAGAAGCAGGCUAGAAGCAGCACAAAUUCCACAGAGUGUCAAUAUCUUACUGAUAUGUAUGGUAACUUUCAGCCGUCGUAUUUCAAAUUUGAUUUUGGUACGGAAUAUACCAUCGAUAUUAGAAGCUAUACAAAACCACCUUUUAUACACGAAUCCCAUUUUGGUAUAACAGACUUUGCUACAAGUGUCGUCAAAUUAUCGGUUGAUGGUAAGAUUCUGUUUCAAAUAAAGUACUUUUACCUAUGGUGGCUGAUUAACGUCAUGUCGUAUUUUCCCUUCUUUGCCUCAAAAUUUGAAAUGCGAAAACACGAAGGGAUGACAAAGUAUCACUUUGUCGUCUCUUCGCAUUUUCGCCUUUUCGCAUAG